AGCAACAAAAGCAACAAGAUGACAAGAUCAACCUGUUACUUGAUCAUCUUAUGAAGGCUCGAUCAGAACCACCUACGGCCAACACCGACGUACUAAUGGCAAACCAGCAAAGCCGGGUAUCCGUCGUGUCGAUGCAAAAUCCGGAAAUAGAGAGUAUAGAUACGGCUAUGCCCGCCAAGCAUACAACGGCUGUGCAGAAUCUCCUCUUAUGGCCGUCCAUCGCGGCUCUGGUCCCGCCCGGCAUCGGGCCAUCUUAUGUGAAAGAUAUAGAAACCGGGAGAAAUCUGUUGCAACAUUAUGGGGAAGGAGAGCACGAGAGCGAUGAAUUCGAAAGUGACUUGGAGACAGUACACGGUGACCCAUCGGAAGGGCGACGCACGGAUGAUAACACCUCUUCAUCCUCGCUGCACGGGGUUUGGGGCAGCGGACAGCUGUAUGUGCCGCCCAUGGCGAAUCAAAAUCCCUCCGCCCGUGGACAUCCCGGUGGCUUGAGUCCUCGUGGUGGGUUGAUCUUGAAUUCCGCAGCAGUCGAUCAAUACUUCCGGAGUUUUAUGGACAAUAUGCAUAUCCAUCAUCCAUUCCUCGAGCCAAAGGUCCUUCGGAGAAUGAUUCAGUUCUUCAAAGGAAAGUACUGCUGGGACUAUCGGACGACGCAGCAGGCUCCUGCGCUCGGGCACAAGCGGAAGCGGGAGACGACGGACUCACCGACCUCAAUGGAUGAUUACCACAGCCGACCUCCUCAGCCCACGGGAUAUAAUAUCGCCGUGUCCCCCCCAAUUGAGCAUUCGGUUACAAAUGCUAUCGUCUUACUUGUUCUCGCGUUGGGCGCGAUCACCUCUCAUCAGGAUCCUUUGCCGGGACCAGCAUCAAUCGCUAAGUUGUGGACUUCGACGUCACACAGCGCACUCUACUCGGACCUUCUGAAGUCCAUGACAUAUACCCGUCAACCCCAUUCGAAAGGCACGGUCUCGAGUCCGGCAAAUCCACAGGGCAAGAACAUAGACGUGAUCCCGGGUUUUGCUUAUUUUGCCAAAGCCGCAGAUAUCCUGGGAGAGCUGCCAGGAGGCGCCGACCUAUCACAUAUUCAAGCCUAUCUACUUGCGGGUCUGUAUAUGGGACAACUAGCACGCAGUCUACCCAGCUACUUCUACAUCAACAAGGCUUGCGUUGCCACUCAAAUCCUGAUCCGGUCGACCCCGUAUGUGACCAACACCAUGAAGCCCCCUCGUCGGAAUUUGGUCAAUUUUGCGUUGUGGUCAUGUUUGCAAUUAGAGAGCGAUAUUGCAGCGGAGUUGGAAUUGCCUCUCAGCGGGAUUGGUCACUUGGGGAGCACUCAGAACCGAGAAUUUCCGACCAAUAUCACAUUGGAAAGGAUCCCUGAGUUCAGUGUGUACGACGACAUCCUGAGGUUUUACUCCAACCAGAUUCAAUUGCGGAAGGAGAUGAACAGCGUCCACGCCACGCUCUAUCCGGAAUCGGAGAAUCUGCAUACGAGGCCAUGCGACAGCGUCAUAUCCGCUUUGGAUGACAACCUUGAAGGGUGGAGGGAGACGUUGCAGGACUGGGAUUGGGACGACAAUGAUCACGAAAGUCCCAACAUCAGUGUAGCGCGGAUGCGAGGGAAGUACUACGGUGCCAAAUACAUCAUCUGGCGGCCCGUCCUCGAACGGGCUCUCCGGGGCGCCAUCCCCGAUCCCAAUUCCAACACUAAUCCCAACCCCACUCCCGCUCCCACCCCCAAGUCCGUCGGGAGUCGACCCUCAGAAUCGCCCGCGGGCUACGGGUGCCGUUCCGAGGAGACUUCGCCAGACGGAUCGAACCUCAAUAACCCCCACUUACAUGGGAGAGAUGUUCUUUACAUCCGACCUGAGUUGCUGGAAGGCUCCAGGAAAUGUAUCGAGGCCGCCAUUCGGAGCACAACUUCUUUCGACAAAGUCCGUCGCCGUCUCGUUGUAACCAACAUCUUCGGCACGGCUCACGCACAAUUCGGCAACAUGCUUGUGCUAUACGCGACCUUCACCUCCCCCCACCGAGGCUUAAGCUCAUUAGUGCAGGAGGAUGUCCUACGGCGGUUGCACCAUCGCACAGUGCAGAUUCUACGGGAGAACGCGGCGAUUUCGCCGGUGCUGGCCAAAGAUCUCCAGAUCCUGGAACACGUGCGCCUGAAGGUAUUCCCACCGUCGACGUAGCCUUCUGCCAGUACGAUCCCCAGUUUCUCCUCGAAUCGGUACUGCGCCAGGACCCCACGUACGCCAACCCGACCAGGUGUUAACUUUAUUUUCUGCACCGAAACCUCGAGAGCGCGGAUGGACGCCAUAUCGGACUUUAUUACAUGUGUUGCGGUAUAACAUACGUAUGUAUUUAUGUGGGUGGGUCCUCCAUUUUCCUGAAAUCCUCUGGCGGCAUUUGUCGAAGCGUUCGAGCGAAGAAUACCAUUGCCAGCAGGGAGGCUUUGUGAAGUUUUUUUGAUUGCCAGUUGCGCAGGUAUCACUCCACGCAGCAUGAGAGAAGAACAUAUUUACUAUUAUCGACAAAGAGGAAACGACCCGGGUACAGUAAGAGCCCAUCCAGGUCACUGAUUGCGAGCUCCGGCGUCCACAGAUCCUAGCCAUAUCUUCCUGUGCUAGCGGACCAACCCUGCAGUCAUUGUUGAAAUAUGUCAUAAACACCUUUUGUUUUUGUUUGUUUGUUUUCGUUUGUUCGUUUCUCUUUCGGUUUUUUUUUUU